AUGGUCUACGUGCGACAAAAGGAGCUCCCGGCGCUCCGCGAGUACAAGUACUCCGGAGUCGACCACUCGUUGCUCUCCAAAUAUGUUCUCAAGCCCUUUUAUACAAAUUUCGUUAUAAAGUGUUUCCCCAUGAGCAUGGCCCCGAACGCCAUCACCUUAACGGGCUUUUCUUUUGUCGUCGCAAACUUUCUGACUUUGCUAUGGUAUACCCCCACGCUGGAUCAAGACUGUCCCUCAUGGGUAUAUUACUCUUGGGCCUUGGGGUUGUUCUUGUAUCAAACAUUUGACGCUGUAGACGGAACACAGGCGCGACGAACCCGACAAUCAGGACCUCUUGGCGAGCUCUUCGAUCAUGGCGUAGACGCUUGUAACACAUCUCUCGAAGUCCUUCUCUUUGCCGCUUCUCAGAACAUGGGACAAAGCUGGCAGACGGUGGCUGUUCUAUUCGCAUCUCUCUUGACCUUCUAUGUUCAGACCUGGGAGACUUACCACACCAAGACGUUAACUCUCGGCAUUGUCAACGGGCCCGUUGAAGGCGUUCUUGCAAUCGUCUUGGUUUUCAUCUUUACUGGGUACGUCGGCGGUGCACAUUUCUGGCAGCAGAGCAUGUUCCAUACCAUUGGUGUACCUUCCACUAUCGGUAUCCCUUCCUUCAUCUACAAUCUUACCUUCACCGAAUGGUACCUUGUUCAAGGCAGUAUCAUGUUGGUCUUCAACACCGUCGAGUCUUCUCUCAAUGUCAUCCGCGCUCGCCGUGCUCGUGGGGACCGUUCCCGCGGUGCUCUUCUCGGCCUCGUGCCAUUCUUCAGCAUCUGGUCUAUGGUCAUUGCUUAUCUGUACCUCCAACCCAAGAUCCGCGAAUGCCAUCUCAUUCCAUUCGCUCUCUUCGCGGGUCUGGUCAACGCUUACAGUGUUGGACAGAUGAUCACAGCUCAUCUUGUCCACUUGCGAUUUCCUUACUGGAAUGUGCUGGGUCUGCCCCUCGCUUUUGGUGUCAUCGAUUCUCUAGGCCCCAUCUUUCAACGAAAUCUCGGUGUCGGCUGGCCCAGCGCUCUUGGCGAUAGUGUUUACCAGGUUGCCUUUAUGUUCAUGAUGCUUGGAACUGCUGUCGGUGUUUAUGGCAGCUUCGUCGUUGAUGUUAUUGUCACAAUCUGCGAUUAUCUCGACAUCUGGUGCCUUACCAUCAAGCACCCCUAUGUUGAGAACGAGACUCCCCAAGCCAAUGGUACCAAGAAGGACUAG